AUGUCGACAGAAGUUAUGAAUAUUGAAAAUGAACUUGAAGCUCAAUGUCGUACUUACAAGCUUGAAAAGGAUUUUGCUUCGAAAACAGAAGCGGAUAUAAAUAAUGAAAAGAAACGAUUGAAUGCUCUUGAAGAAGAAAAACAUUUAAUUGAAAGCCAGGAUCUGAAAACUCAACAAGAAUUGAUGACAAAAAGGGCAUUAAUUGCUACAGAAAAAAAGAAGUGUGAAGAAGUUCAAAAGCGUUUAAAGGAGUUGGAAGCCGAAAUUGAAACGUACAAAGAAAAAGGUAUUCAAAUAGAAGACACGCUUAAAAGAUUGGAUUUGAACAUUGUUACUUCACCUGAACUUCUUAUUGAAGAAUUGAAAAAAUUGGAAAAAAAUCGAUUAGAUGUGGAAAAGAAGUUGGAGGAUACCCAAAAAACUAAGCGAAAAACUGAAUAUGAAGUAGCUGAAAUACUCGCAAUGGGUCAACGAAUUGAUGCUCUUGGAGAAGACUUGGAAAAGUUGGAAGAGUUUAAACGAAGAAUGCCUGAAAUGAGAGGGAAUGAAGAUAAAAUAAUUCAAGUAAAAUUUUUGAAAAGAAUCCUCCUGACUAGGGUCUAUCACUCACAUCAGCACAAUGUGUUGAACAAAAUUCAGUAA